AUGAACAGUCUAUCCGAGGAGCUUCUGGAUCAUAUUAUUUCCGAGGCCGUGAAACCUUUACCAGAUCGGCAUGGUUCUCGUUAUGCAGACCUCGUCAGUGUAUCCACGGUAUCACGCAAAUUCCAUCGCAUCACAGAGCCAUAUCUGUACUGCUCCAUUGUCGUAUCGGAAAAGAACAAAGACCAAUUCCUACAGACAAUAACAUGUUGCUCUGAACUAUCAAAAUAUACUCGGGAGCUUUAUAUCAAGCAAUCCAGCAACAUCAGGCAUGAAGUAUUGCGUCUUGCUCAGCAUCUCCCAGGCCUGCACAAGUUGGAUCUGGACCUCAAGUCUUGCAAGACUUCGGAUCUUUUGCCUGUACUGCAGUUGCCAUCAGUAACAGCGCUAUGCCUUUCGGGUGUUGUAGCCAGACAAACCGAUAACGCUAGUCCUAUCGACUGGGGGAUCGCUAAUACAGCCAUCGCAAGUCUUGAGAUGUCCUUUUCGGAUCCCGAGACCUGGUGGGAAGAUUGUGACGAGAUUUGGAAACUUGCUGCGGUUUUUCGCAACUUGAAAAGCUUGAGCAUUCAUAGCGACUACGAGGGAGAAAGGAAACAUACACUCAAUGGCCCAGUCUUCCGGUGCCUCGUGCACGCUUUUAAGCAUGCAUUUGAGACUAACCUCCGCUCUUUCAGCUUCAAAUGCAACGAUGUGAACCAUGAUUACAUCUACCAGGGUGACGUGGCCGUCAGCGGCGCGUUCGAUGCGAGAGAGAUUCUCAAGCGAUCGCAACUCAAGAGCCUGGAGAUUGAUACAAUGUGUCUGCAUAGGUCAAGUCAAGAGGAGAAGCUGAGGAGCCAGGAGCUCGGUCCAUCGUGUCUGCCAGCUUCGCUGCGCACCUUGUAUUUGCGCCACCUUGUCGCGACAGGCAAUCUGAACCCUAUAGAGCGAAACCUUAUGCAUUCGGAUGAAGCACAGUGUUUGUCACAGCUGGUCAACCUGGGAGCGCGAAGAGCGCGUUUCCCAAAUCUAGAGAAGAUGACACUGGCUAUCUCUCUACCUCCCUUCUUUGAAGAAGUUGCUUCGAGAGUCGUCAGAGUCCAAGCGCGAAAAGUAAAACUGCAACUAGAACUGAUACUGAUGUCUGAGUGGGACUAUGUCAGCGAUGAUACAGCCAGAUCAUGGCCAGAGUAUCAUGCUACUCGAGACCCACGGCAUUCUUUUUACGAUCCGACAUUUAUACGCUGCGCAUAG